AUUUGAAUGUAUUGACCGUAGUAAGAUGGCGGCCGCAAUGACGUAUUGCCGGUGAGCGGACAUAAACACGUCACUGUCGCAUUGAACUCUACUUUAAAACACUCUCUACCUCUAACAACCAAAAGCUGUGAAAACUACGAUGCUGUGUUCCACAUUUAAAUUAUUUACGGAACGGUACAUUGUCUGAGUCAUCUCUGACCAAAAUACACUCGUGACUAAACACCACCGGAAGUCUUAUUUUGAAGUUCAGUGACGCCAGGCCGGAAGUGUGCUCACAGGGCGGUAGACACAAAACAAGACAUGUUUCUGAGUGGUUUUGUAACUUAUUGAAACAUAACUUCAUGUUAGUGAUAGCAACAAUUGUAAUAGUUGGUCAAAGAUGUCGAUAGUGACGGUGCAGUUGGGUCAAUGCGGCAACCAGAUCGGCUUGGAACUCUUCGACAACAUCUUUAAUGACUGCCAGGCAGGACACAGGACAACAUUUUCUACUGCAAGCUGGGAACGUUUCUUCCAUCAAAGUCAACAUGGAGACUUUGUUGCCAGGGCGGUGCUGAUCGACAUGGAGCCCAAGGUCAUCAGGCAGAACUUGAGCAGGCCCACAAAGUGGAAAUACGAGCAGGCGUCCAGCUUCAACCAGCGCCAAGGUUGCGGGAACAACUGGGCCGACGGGUUUUGCGUCCAGGGUCCCGCUCACAGCGACGUGAUGGAGAACCUGGUGAGGCGACAGGUGGAGCGUUGUGAGCGACUGAGCGGCUUCCUGCCUGUGAUGAGCGUGGCGGGCGGGACGGGUUCUGGCGUGGGGACCUUCGUCACUCAGCGCCUGCGGGACUCGUACCCCAAGUCCUUCCUGGUCAACCAUCUGACGUGGCCGUACAGCCAAGGAGAGACGGUGGUCCAGAACUACAACUCGCUGCUGACGCUGCGUCACGUCUACCAGCUGUCUGACGCCCUGCUGGUGCAGGAGAACGACGUGGUGCACAGGAUCUGUGGUCAGCUGCUGCGCCUCAAACACGUCUCCGUCAACCACAUCAACAAGGUCAUCGCUCAUCAUCUGGGCGCCGUCCUGCAGCCCGCCCUCACCGCCGACUCUCACGGCGUCUACAGCAGGAACCCCCUGGGUGAGUUGGUGAGCUGCCUGGCGAGUCACUGUGAGUACAGGCUGCUGAGCAUCAGCAGCGUCCCUCACAUCCCCGCCCCCUCCAUGGCGUACAGCACCUUCCACUGGCCCGUCAUGCUCAAACAUCUGCGCCAGAUGCUGGCGUCCAGCAGCAAGAUGGAGGAAGGCAAGGUGUCCUCGGCAGGUAACAGCCGGCAGCGCCCCCGACGUCUCCCGGGGUCUCCCAACGUGUCCUUGGCCAACCUGCUGGUCCUCAGAGGCAAAGACGUGUUCACAACAGAAACAGGCGACUUCGGCGACGCUGCGCUCUACAGCGACUGGCUGGCGCCCAAAGACGCUCUCAGCGUGUGGAAAAGUCCGGUGGCGUUCAACAAGUACGAGAAGACGGCCACGCUGGUCAGCAACAGCCAAGCUCUGAUGGAACCUUUGGACCACAUCGUGAGAAAAGCCUGGAACUUGUUUGCUUCCAGAGCUUUCAUCCAUCACUACUCCAAGUUUGGCGUCUCAGAAGAGGACUUCCUGGACAGUUUCGCUUUUGUCGAGCAAAUCCUUUCCAGCUACGGUCAGCUGGGCGGCAACACAUCAUAGCUCACCUUUUUGCUGGAUAAAUAAGAAGUCAUCUUUUUGCUGGAUAAAUAAGAAGUCAUCUUUUUGCUGGAUAAAUAAGAAGUCAUCUUUUUGCUGGAUAAAUAAGAAGUCAUCUUUUUGCUGGAUGGCUGGACAACAUCUGCAAAUACUGCACAUUACACCUGUCUUAUAUUGUAUGAACUUAUUCUAAAUGUUGACUAAUAUAUUGUUCAAAACAGGUACGACUCAGGUGCUUUUUUUUUGGGCACCGACUGAAUCCCGCCGAUCCUCGCGAGAACCCAUUCCCGUCAAAUCCACGU